UGGGGUGGCUCAGAGCCCACAGCAAGAGUAUUGCACAACCCUUAGGAACUGACCUUGGGUGAUCCACCCUGGUUCUGAAGUUUGUUCUGUUUUCUGGUUCCUUUUUCUUCUGCCUCUACCCUGUUUUCCAGCUCUAGGCAUUUUCAACACUCAGUGUCGAUACUGAGACCCUAGCUGUAUCCAGAGACAUCUUGAAGAGGCAGAGCCAUCUCAGAGCCAGCAAGUUUGCCUGCUGUUUGAACAUAUUCCGAUUCUUCCACCUUCAUUUCUGUUGCUAUGGAGACUGUCAAUAGCACUGAAACCUGGUAUGAGAGUCUGCACACUGUAUUGAAGGCUCUAAAUGCUACUCUUCACAACAACUUGCUUUGCCGUCUGGGACCAGGACCAAGGUCAGAACCAGGACCAGACAACCAGACUGAGGAGCUACGGAAUAGCCUCCCUGGCCGUAAUGACAACUCCUACAUGUAUAUUCUCUUCGUUAUGUUCCUUUUUGCUGUCACUGUGGGCAGCCUUAUCCUGGGAUACACUCGUUCCCACAAAGUGGACAAGCGUAAUGACCCUUAUCAUGUAUACAUAAAGAACCGUGUGUCUAUGAUCUGACAUGAGGUGCCUGAGGAUCGGAAGAUCAAGACACCUGAAGAUUUUCUUGGGCUUCCAGAACUCAGCUAUGGGCCAUAUCAGGCCUCCAUGUCUGUACCUAUGAAUCAGUGCUUAGAGGUCAUCAUUGGUAUGGAAUAGGGGGAUCUGGUAGGCCUGCAUCUGUGCAUAAGACUUUUUCUAAGCAAAGAUAGAAACUAUAAACAGUGGAAGCCCAUGAACAAACAUAGAAGCAUGAAAAGAGCCAGGUUUGGUAGCUCACAGCUAUAAUCUAGCUACUCGGGAGGCAGAGGCAGGAGGAUCAUAGUUCAAGGCCAGCCUGGACAAAGUUAGCAAGACCCUACCAUAAAAACAAAACUAAAAACCAAAAGGACUUGGGGCAUUGUUCAAGUGGUAAAGUGCUUACCUAGCCUGGUUCUGAAAAAAAAAAUAUGAAAAGAUAAAGACCAGUGACUAAUGGCUGGAUUACUGGCAGAAGAGGAAGUUGUAACAGAGGGAAAUGAAACAGGAAGGUGCUCUGGGGACACAUUUUUUAAAAAAAAUAUGUGAUCUUCAACAACUAUGACAAGCAGUGAUAAUUAUUCCAUACAGAUAGGAAAUCUAAGUAAUGUUACUUAUUUGUAUUAAUUCACAUUUUAUUUUUAAAAAUACAUUUAACAUUUGUUAUUUUACCUCCCAUGCAAAUAAAGCAGGGUGAAUGCCAUGAUUGGAACUCAGGAACUCUGGCUUCCUUGCCUACCACUUUUUGAAACUCAAUGCCACAUGGGAUAGAUUCAGACCUGAAGAACUUGAGGCUGUAAUCCCUGCACUUGGGAGACUGAGGUGGGAGGAUCACUUGACUUCAGAAGUUCAAGAUUAGUCCAGGCAAUAAAACAAGACCUCCCUUCUCGCAAUAGAUAGAUGAUAGAUAGAUAGAUAGGUAGGUAGGUAGGUAGAUAGAUAGAUAGAUAGAUAGAUAGACAGAUAGAUAGAAUUCUAAAAUACCUUAUUUUGCUAGUAUUACAAAAAUGUAUCACUGUGUUGUUAAUAUGUUUCCAAGAGCACCCCUAGAACCUUAGGAGGGUGAAUGUUGCACUCCAUGGUCCAGGUGCCUCUUGAGCCCAUGUCACAGUGCCAGUCCCACCCACAUCUCCAGUCAUGGGGUCUUCACUACCUCCGAAGUAGCUUCUGCCUUGAUUGAAUUCUUUGAGAAUUUUUCUAAUAUCAAAUUGAAAUCUGCUUCUAAAGAUUAUUAUUACACCUAAAAGAUUAUCAUAUUUAAAGAUGCCCGGUAUGAAAGGCAGGCACAUGGUUCAGUAGAAGGAGAAUCAGCUCUAGUUCUUCCACUAUGGUGUAUGACCUUAGGCUGGACAGUUCUCUCUCUGGUCAUUUGUCCUCUUCAGCACAAUGAAAUAGUUAGACUUGAAAGUCUAUCAGGGGUCUGUCAGUUUUGAUGUCAUAGGUGUCACAUACAUUAAGUUAAAUCAUGUAAAACUUCUGUGUUUGUAGGCCAAAACAGUUGAAUAUAAGUCGCUUCACAUAGUUCAGUGUAACUUGUGCACUGUGGUGAGUGGAUUCUUCACAAGCUAUUUGCUCCAAAUCCCAGACUGGAACUACCCACUGUCCUGUUUGAUUUCAUCACAAAGGAUCUCAACAUGGUUCUCAACAGGCGUCACCAAAGCAUUAUGUUUGUAUAUAACAAAACUCUGAAAUAUUUUGAUAGAAGUUAUUUCUGUGGCAUAGGAUUAUGGGUGACUCUCCUUUUCCACUGUUAUAAAUAUAUGUAAUACUUGGCUUAUUUGCCAUUUGUGUGUUAAUUAUAAAAUAAGGGGAGGGGGGGAGGAAACUGCUUCUACUUUGAAAAAAUAAAAAU